AUGGCGCGCGCCCUCCUCCGCCGCGCGCUCUCCCUCGCCCCCGCGGCACCGACGGGUCUUUCAGCCAUCUCCUCCUCCACCACCACCGCCGCCGUCGCGCCCCUGCGCUCCCCAUUCGACGACCGCCUCCUCCGCCUCCUGCGCUCCGAGAUCUCCUACAUCUCCGACCGCCGCCCGCCCUACCGGCCGCCGACCAGCUUCAAGUCGUUCGCCGUGGAGGACCGACCGGGGGAGCAGUGGGUGCGCCUGCGCGCCGCCCACGGCCCGACCGAGCAGAUCAAGAUCGACGCCACGCUGUUCGACGGCGCCGCGGAGCCGGGCCCGGACGCGUCCCUCUUCCACCGGGUCGAGGCGCUCGAGCGGGGCCCGCGCCUCCACCUCAGCCUCAUCGUCGAGGUCGCCCGGGCCGACCGCGUCCUGGGGUUCAUCUGCUCCGCCUGGCCCGACGACCUCACCAUCCGCCACGUGCUCACCCUAAGAGGAGCCGGCGCCGCUGCAAGUGACCGCAGUGGGCGUGACUUCGCGAAGCUGGAGCCUGCGGAGAGGGAGGCGGUGAAGGAGUUCCUGCAGGAGAGGGAGGUGGACGCCGAGCUCGCCGAGUUCCUGCACGACUACGUGGCCAACAAGGAGAAGAUGGAGAUGCUCCGGUGGUUGAAGACGGUCGAAUCGUUCGUCGAGAAGUAAACUAUGGGGCUGCAGGCAUGAUGGUAGCAGGUGAGAUGGCCGCACGCACUCGUGCAUAUAUUCAGAGA